AUGACAACCUCAACAAUCAAGAAGAGCAAUGAACAUCAAUCACCUUCUCGAUUCGGUAGUAGUGAAGGAGAUAAUACAUAUAAAUCAUAUCUUGUCACGCUUGAUUCAAAACAAGAAUGGGAUUUUAUUGGAACCAAUUUGAGUACAACUGCAUGGGUAUCUGGUAGAGACUUUGAAGGGAAUGGGAAUUACACCUAUUCAAGUGGACCACAAUCAAAUCAACCAUUAUUUAAUAUGUUUACUGGUCAAUGUUGGGGUAUAGGACCAACUUGGAAUUUCAUUCAUAAAACUAAUCUUCUGUAUGCUAGUGUAAUAUGUGAAAUAGAACCUAUCGAAGAGGUAUACAUUCCAUCAAUUGGUACAAAUGGAGGAUCAAUAACAAUCAACAAUCUAUCACAAUUCAACACACAAACAAUCAACAUUACAUUUUCCAAUCCAACCAAACAACUAGAAAAAUCAUGUAAUAUAACAUCAAAACAAGAAACAUCAGUCACUUGUAUAGUUCCACCUCUAUCUGGAUUUCAUAAUGUCACUGUUCAAGAUGCUAGUGGAGUCAACUCAACACACUAUGCAUGGCAACCAUAUCCACCAUUUAUUAAAGCUGUCUAUCCAUCAUUCACUGCCAAUGGAUUGAUUACACUGAUUGGUGAUAACUUUGGUGAUAACACAAAUAAUAUAGUAUUUGUUAAUGUUUCAACAUCUAAUAUUACUUGUAAUAUUACAUUUGCAACAUCAACUCAAAUCAUUUGUCAACUUGAAUCAUCUCUUGCUGAAGGUACCAAACUACUUCCGAUUUCAAUUUCAGUUGACGAUGUUUAUACUCGAACCUAUAAACCUCAUAUUUAUGUAACAAUGGGAGCAACACCAAAUGCUCCAUAUAUUGGUGCAAUAGAAUCAGCUGAAAUGUAUCAAUGUUUUAGUCAAUCAUUAAAUAUAAUUGGAUACGAGUCAUAUAGAUUUUGGCAGGGCGUAUCAUACAACAGUAACAACAAUAGUUUUACAAGAAAUAAUGGUCCAUUCAAAGGAACAAUAUCUCCAUUGAAUUAUACCUCUAUUACUUCAAAAAUGAAAGAAGGAAAGAAUAUUCUAUAUAAUAUUAAUGAUGGAACUAUUUCAUCAAAGAUUGAAGAUGUUAGAUAUUACACACCAUUGAUUACAUUUUAUACAGGUGAUACACCAAUCAUUGAUAAUAUUACCAGCACCAAUAUUCAAAAUACAACUCAAUCACUUGUUACAAUCAAUGGUAAUCAUUUUGGAAAAGAUCAAUCAUAUGUUUUAAUAUCCAUUGAAGGACAACAAUGUAAAUCACCUCAGUUUAUUGGAACCGAUUUUAAACAAUUUACUUGUUUAUUAUUGGAUAUUGUUGAACCAUUAUCAGAGUAUAAUGUAACGAUAAGAGUUGCUGAAAUGGUUACAUCAAAGAUGGUAGUAUCAAAAGCAGUGGUAGGACCAGAAUCUCAAUAUGAUGAUGAAUAUCCUGACAAGUCAUUUGCAACAUGGAAAAUCAUUGUCAUUGUAUGUCUAUCAUUUUUGAUCAUACUCGUCGCCAUUAUAUUGUUGGUUGUCUUUGUAUUUAAGAAUAGAAGAGGAAGUAGAAGAGCACCCAAAAGGAAGCAAUCAGUCGUUGUCUUAAAGACAGUACCAAUUUAUUAUGGUGGCAAGGUCAAUAAUAUCGACGGCCAUUAA